ACUCUCUUCUAUCUCUGGGCUCUUGCUGCAGCAACACUGGGCACUGUGUGUCCACCAGCAUGGUGCUGAUCGAGGCGAAGAUGCUGUCUGGCUACAACCCUGUGACAGAGUCCUUGGAAAAGUUAAAUAAAAUGCCUGCGGCGAAAAAAAUUGAAAGAGAAGUCGAGCAGGUCACCCUCUACUUGGAUGAGCUGACUUGGGACUCUCAGUACCAUACCCUUGUGAUGCAGCAAGACAUCCAAGUGAAGGACCUGAAGCCUGCUAAAGUGAAGGUCUACGAUUACUACAUGUCGGAAGAAAAUGCUGUGACAGACUAUCGUGCCCCCUGCCUGUGAGGAUUGGGACAGUCAGCUGCUGACAGCUUUCCAACAGUCCUCUGUCAAUCGUGCCCCGCUGAUGUCAGAUACCAUAGUGAGAGAUUAUGGAUGAUGGGACUAAUCAAUUACCGGAACCAGG